UUCUAGUUACACCUUCACAAGUAUUGUACGUGGAGACGAGGCUACGUACCAAUGUACAGCACACAAUGGAAAUGAGUGUCCUGCAGCAACUGCSCGAUCAUCCAUCACUGUCACGUAUAAACCUGAAAAUACAGUUAUCUCCAUCGAUAAAAGCAGCGACGUAUUAAUGYAUGGAGAGACAGUCACAAUGAGGUGUCAGUCAACAGCAAAGCCAACUCAGUGCAACUUGCUGUUUUAUAGAGGAAAUACGCUAUUGGCAAACRAGUCUAGCAGCACAUGUUCUGAAAGUCACGUGAUAUAUAGCGUCCAAGGAUGCAAUGAUGAAAGGYUUUACUGUGUCGCAGAGAAUAGUGCAGGGACUGGUGAGAGGGCCUACUACAAUGUUACUGUUCUAGUUCUUCCUACCAUUUCUAUCACUCCUUCCACCGACCGAAUAGCUAGGGCGGAAGGGACUUCAUUAUCAUUAAGCUGCGUGGCUACAGGAUGUCCAACUCCGAAUAUCACAUGGACAAAGCUGAGCAUUACAAAUCCUCUUUCACAGUCUUUUGGCAAUGGAAGUAUACUGGUCCAGCAGUUUAGAGGCUUGGAUAAGGAAGACACAGGAAGUUAUAGGUGCUUUGUUUAUAAUGGAGUUGGAGAAAGCCCUAUGACAAAAACCAUUUAUCUUAAUGUUACAUACAAACCCUAUAAAACAAAUAUUACAAGACAGUUUAAUCGAACAAUCUGCAUUAACGACGUGGAGACCCUGCAGUGCAUAACCAAUGCCAACCCACCAGCACAUGAAUAUCGCUUCUACUUGAGUGAUCAGCUUGUACAUACCAGCAUGUCUGGAGUCUAUCAGUUGAAUGUUCCACAAGCAGGCAAUAAUGUAUACAAGUGUGAACCAAAGAACACUGUGGGAGCUGGACAGAAUGCAUCRGUGUUGAUUCCAACAAAAGCUAUCCCCAAUAUUAUUUGGAUUUCUUCAAGUAGGACAUUUGCUGAAGGAGAAGUUGCGGUUUUGGUCUGCAUUGUGAUGGGCACUGUGCCAAUGAACGUGACUUGGAGUAAAAUAAGUGGCCCUUCCUAUCCCGAAGGUCACACACACACCUUCACCAGUAUACAACACCAAGACGAGGGCACGUAUCAAUGCACAGCCAGUAAUGGAGAUGAAUGUCCGAUAACGACUGCACAGUCCAACAUCACCGUUAUCUUUAAACCAGAACAAACGAGUCUGUUGGUUCCUAGGAGCAUAGCCUGCUUAAACGACCCAAUGACUCUCAGAUGCAAUUCAGGGAACACGAAGCCGAAUCCUCAUCUUUACCAUUUCUAUCAAAACCAAGUGUUGCUCUCUAAGGAAAGUACAGGAAUCUACACGUUUAAUAURAGAGUAAAAGGAAACAAUACAUACACUUGCGUACCCGAAAACAAGGCGGGACUUGGCGACAGCGCUAACGUAACAAUCUUUGUAAAAGCCCCUCCUAAAAUAGUUAGUUCAACACACAGCCAAUAUGCCUUGGAAGGAUGGAGAUUUUCUUUUGAUUGCAAUGUUCUUGACGAUGAUAACCAAUUAAAUGUCACUUGGCGUAAAGUUGGCGUUGGUGAAAUAUCGAGCUYCAGGAGACAUAGUAUUGCAGCUGUCAGUUGGGAUGAUAAAGGCCAAUAUCAAUGUACAGCUGUUAAUAGUUUUGGAUGUACGGCAAGAAGUUCCAUAGCAAAUAUUACUGUUGUUGAUGCUGCAGUGAUAACAACUUGGUCGUACCCUUCAUCUGUAACAGGAAUUCACGGGCAGAACAUCACUAUUACAUAUGUUGCCAAUCUAUCAGACCAUGCUCCAGGAGUAACGUGGAAGUACGUGAAAAUAACCAAGGACAGUAGUGAAAUGAUAGAGAUCGAGCCUGGCAAACAAAAAACAGUGUACCCAUCAUUUGCCAGUCGUACUUUUGACCUUGAUCUAAAUGUUACUCAGACCGACGCUAUAGUAACCAUCAAGUUCACAUUCUCCAAUUUAAUCAAGGCUACAGACGAAGGGCAAUACUCAAUCAGUCCGUUCGGAACUAGUGACUACAAAGGAGCUGCCCCUGCAUCACCGACAUCGCUGUCUAUAAAUGUACAGACAGCUAUCACAAGUCCAAACCCAAGUAUUGUCACUGUUAACGAAACACAGACUGCACAGCUUGAAUGUACUGCAACUGGUAACCCCACACCCAGUAUUAACUGGACAAGAGAUGGUGUGAUGGUUGGCACAAGAAGCCCAUACACUACACCAACAGUUACAUCUAACGAUGACAAGGCGUGUUAUACGUGUGUAGCCUAUAAUGGAAUCCUUGAUGCCAACACCGCUAACGUCUGUCUAAACGUUCAAUACAAUCCAAGAAACGCAACAAUUUUGAGUGACAGAUCAACAGUUUGUCAGAAUGAUAAGGUGAAUCUGACCUGUACAUCAGGACCAGCCAACCCAGCACCUAGUAGCUACGAGUUUUAUGACAAUGGUGUUCUUGUUGGAACCAGUUCAUCCAAUGUUUAUGAAGCUACAGCUACUGCAGGCUUACCAUCUGUAAACAAGUUUGCUUGUGUACCAAGAAAUCUUCUGGGAACCUCCUUGGAAAAUGGAAGUGUGGAAGUGACUGCAAAAGUGAGCCCGAUAAUCGUCAACACAACUCCAAGUCAGGAGAUACGCAAAGGAUCGAGUCACACUCUCUAUUGUAAUGUUGAAGCUCAGGGUGAAGACAUUAAUGUGACUUGGCAUAAAGUUGGUAGUGGUCAAGUAUCCAGUAAUGGUGUAUAUACCAUACCAUCUGUUACACAUGCUGAUUCAGGUUCAUACGAAUGCAGAGCUAAGACUGGUAACGAGUGUGAAGUGAAAAGCACCAUGAUAAAACUCACUGUGAUUUCACCUCCGACCAUCAGCAACAUCAUAGUGAAAGAAGACAGUCUAACAGUUACCUGGAAUAACCUGGUUUUACCUCAUAACACGAUAGCGACAUGCUUGAUAUAUGUGAUGCAAUCAUUCCAUGGUGUCAACUGGAUGACGUCUUCAAACACCAGCAAUGAAGAUUCAAUAACAUGUUCAAUUGCCGRRUUGAAAUCAUCUACCUUKUAUCGUAUKCAGUAUUUCUUACAAAUCCACAAGAACUAUGUAAAUGGCACAAUCUACAUAGGAACUUCUGCCAAAGUCAAUAGAACAGGAGCAAGUUCAAACCAUUCAACRUGUGAUACAGGAAAAGCUGGGAAAAUUUCAUAUGGGGUGUCAUCUACAAUUUUUGUAGCUGUCAUUGCUGUUGCUUUUGCAGUUAUUGUACUUCUCAUAUUGGUUAUCGUAUGGAUGCGACUUCAAGGCAUACGAAACGACAAAAGAAUCAAAAGACAAGAAAAAAACCAGAGGGAAGUUCCCGUCAGUCGAUCCUCGUUUUCAACACCAUCUUUUGAUACUAAGACUGUUUACGAGAACGAGGGUUUUAUUUCCCGCCAAACCAAACCAGAUGCAGAUAUGGCUCUGUACGAGCAAGUACAAAACAGGGGCCGGGUAAUGAAUCAAGGUGUCGUUGGAMCGCCUUCCUUUCCGAUGGAGUAUAUACCAGGAAGCCGACCAGCAAGACAUGAAACCGAGAACCAGGUGCWAUCACAAUUGAAGGAGCCUUCUUAUCAGGCACUGGAUCAAAGAGAAAUGGCUGACAACAGCAUACUACAAGUAAAAGUGCCACAGCAAGAAAGUGGUUGUUAAAAAUAGUGAUCCAGAUGGCGGAAUCAAAUAAUGUAUUUUUUCAUUGUUAUUGUUUUGAUAUCCGACGUUUCAGUAAACUGAGGAUAUAAUUAAUAAAUUCAAUUGUAACGUUGUGUUAAGAGGGAUUUCAUUUUUCUCACUUAUUCUUUUCCAGAUAUUCGACAUAAAACGUCCACUGGUUUGAGUUAAGUGUUAGACAUAUAUGAGGUAAAAACAGCUAUGUUAUCUUGAAUUUUGAACCUUUACUAUCCGGUGAAUUCCUGCCCUGUCAUACAUUCAAGGCUACGUACGAUUUUUUUUAUUUUAAAAAAUUCGUUCAUCCAUGUGUGCUUCUUGUAGUGYUAUGGAAAUUUGUCAACAUUUCAACAAUUCAUUAUUUUCUA